CAUAGCAGCAACAAACACACAGCAGCCACUAUGGAAGGACCUGGCCCAGGCCAUGGGGAACCUAAAGGUACGGGUUAAGGGCCUCACACCCAUGGACCCUCGAACCCCGGAUCCAAGCCAGCUCCCCAAUGUACCUGACAGAACACCCACAAAGGAGCUGGCCCAGGUCAUGGGGAACCUGAGGUUCCGGGUGAAGGACCUCAAAAAGCAGAGGGCUGAACCAGGAACCACCUCCCGGCUUGAAGAGGAGAGGCCUUUGGGCCGCCCUUCAGGCCGGAGCCCCUUCCCAGGCCAGACCGCCCCGGACCCAAGCCAGAUCCCUGAGGAACCUGCAGACAGGGCCCCAAGAAAGGACCUGUCCCAGGUCAUGGGGAACGUGAGGGUCCGGGUGAGGGCACUAAGAGAGCAGAGGGUUGGAACAACUCCCACCGCCCUGCCAGAUCAGGAGGAGGUGAAGCCUUUGGGCCGCCCUUCACGCCAGAACCCCUUCAGGCGUAUUAAGACGGCCUGGGCCGAAACCAAGGCCGUCGUCCCCACCGACGCCCCCCGAACACCCCUGAACAGCAGGAUGUGGUCAAUGAGGCUGAGGAGGAAGGGGAAGCCACAAAGCAGGCUGAGGGGAAGGGCCCUAGGCCUCGGAUCAGCAAGUGGCUGAACCUUAGAAUCAAGGACCUUUCAACAUUUGCUGCCCGGUUCCAUUGUAGGUAGUAAAAAAGAAAAGAAGAAAGAAGAAAGAAAAAAAAAUAGCAUAUUAAAAACAAAAAUAAAAAAAUGCACAAUAUAAUGUAUUACGGCACCAUUGUACAGACAAAGUGUGUACGUCAAACAACUGAAGUGACCCGACCAGGUCGACAUCGAUAUGACAUCAUGAAGGAGUGAAACCCCAGCUUUGUCUGAGCCCGGGUGAAUUUAAACAAAGUAGUCAAACAUCUGAUGGGACCCAACCAAGUCCUCAUCGGUGUUACAUCACACUGAGGUGUGUAAUGCUUUGUUUAAAUUCACCUGCGCUUGGACCAAGCUGCGGUUUCUCUCCAGUGUGAUGUCACAUCGAUGUGGACCUGGUCGGGUCCCAUCCGAUGUUGGACGUAAACACUUUGUUUCAAUUCACCUGGGCCCAACUGCCAAUUCAUUUAUAUAAAAUCAAAUAAAAGUGUU